UAUACAGAGUGGGACCCGCCGGUUUCGGCACCCGACUCCUUUGUCUUCUCUUCAACUUUAAGCACAAGUUCCUUUACAAAAGUUUUUAAAAGUGCCCCUGUUGUCUUCCUGAAAUGAGUCUGGUGCUCAGAAACCUGCAGCGAGCUAUCCCCCUCCGGAGAGUGCCCCUCCGCCGGAGGAUGGAGACAGUCAGAAGUAUUUUAGGGGUCCAGAAAUUCGACCUGGCAAUCAUCUGUGUUGACAACAAGAGUAUUCAGCACAUCAACAAGAUCUACAGAGAGAAAAAUAUCCCAACUGAUGUGCUUUCUUUUCCAUUUCAUGAGAACCUGAAAGCAGGUGAAAUUCCCCAGCCUGAUUUUCCAGAUGAGUAUAAUCUCGGGGACAUUUUCCUAGGAGUAGAGUAUAUCUUCCAGCAGUGCAAAGACAGUGAAGAUUAUUAUGACAUCCUGACUGUGACUGCCACCCAUGGGCUCUGUCAUCUACUAGGCUUCACACAUAGCACAGAGGCCACAUGGCAGCAGAUGUACCAAAAGGAGAAGCAGGUUCUCGAGGAGCUGGGCCAGCGCACUGGGGCCAGGCUCCAGCCCCUGAGCAGGGACCUCUUCUGAUGAUCACAGCCCAUGACGCAGGUAGUACCUGAGGAACCUUCCAGAACACAGGAACACCGUGUGGAUGGGAGUCGACCCCUCCCUUUGGGCCCUGAGGAUCAGAGGCUUCACCAAACUGAGGGCCCUGCUGGUCAGUGCCCAAGCUGGGCCUAAAUUCCAUGAAUGGAACUGACCAUUUCUUAAAGUACAAGAGGAAUUUCCAUUCAUGUGUUUACUUAGAACACAGCAAACAUGUUAUUUUCAGUAUUAUAAAUAAAACAGUUCUAAACUCUGA